AUGGGGGCUCUAUGCACGGGUCCCUGGGGGAGGCAGGGCUGGGAGCCCCCUAUUCCAGCUGGGGGGCGUCCAGCCCCCAGGAGCCCGCUGCCCCUCCCCUCGCAGGACGCCGCGCGCAGCAGGAGGCGGAGGAGGGCGCUGCUGCACGCCUCGCUCUGCGCCUCUCCCGGCUGCGGGGCCGCCAUGUCUCCGCUGCGCUGGGGCGCUUGGCUGCUGCUGCUCGCCGGCCCCGCAGCCUCCACCGCCAGCCCGGCAGACGAGAGCGGCGGGGCGCGGGGAGGGGGCCGAGGGGACGGGGAACGCGGGGCCCGGGACGAGCCGCAGCGGCAGCACCACGACUCCUCGUACGGCACCUUCGCCAGCGAGUUCUACGACCUGCGCUACCUCUCCGAGGAGGGUUACCCUUUCCCUACUGCUCCUCCUGUGGAUCCAUUUGCAAAAAUUAGAGUGGAUGAUUGUGGAAAAACCAAGGGAUGCUUUAGGUAUGGUAAACCUGGAUGUAAUGCCGAGACUUGUGACUAUUUUCUCAGUUAUCGUAGAAUAGGAGCUGAUGUAGAGUUCGAGUUGAGUGCUGACACUGAUGGCUGGGUGGCAGUAGGAUUUUCUUCAGACAAGAAAAUGGGCGGAGAUGAUGUCAUGGCUUGUGUUCAUGAUGAUAAUGGAAGGGUCCGAAUACAGCACUUUUAUAAUGUUGGUCAGUGGGCUAAAGAGAUCCAGCGAAAUCCAGCUAGAGAUGAAGAAGGGAUUUUUGAAAACAACCGUGUGACUUGUCGAUUUAAACGUCCUGUGUAUGUUCCCAGAGAUGAAACUAUUGUAGAUCUUCACUUGAGCUGGUACUAUUUGUUUGCUUGGGGUCCAGCAAUUCAGGGUUCUAUAACUCGGCAUGACAUAGACUCACCGCCUGUAUCAGAGCGUGUUGUCAGUAUUUACAAGUAUGAAGACAUUUUUAUGCCAUCAGCUGCCUAUCAAACGUUUUCUUCUCCAUUCUGUUUGCUUCUUAUUGUUGCACUGACCUUUUACUUAUUGAUGGGAACCCCAUGAUCACAGCUGGAUAUGUAUGGAAGAUUGUGAGAAUUUGUUAGUGAGAGUUCCUCAGGAUGGAUGUGUUUUCUGUUGGAAUUCAUAUCACAUCGUCUAGCUGUUUUAUUGACAAUUUCAUCUUCUCAGCAAGGAAAUAACCUCUCCUUUGAGCAGUAAAGGUGUGCCAAAUAAUUAAGAAUAAUCAAGGAGCAAGUAACAAACCAUUUCCAGUGUAACUACUAGUUGUUGUUUAAUGAAAAAUACUUUUGUAAAAUGUGUGUGUGUAUGUUGGGGGGAAUUUAGUAAUGGACAUCUAGAAUCAAAUUAUUUAAUAUACAGUUUCCUUCAAUUCAAAAAAUAAAAGUUGGGGAAAUAUUGUCUGUUAAAUACUUGUGGUGCAGAUAGCACACCUGUUUCUGAACUCAAAGUCAGGGUAAUGUAACAGUGCUGCUGUUUAAUAAGGACUGCCUUGUGAUAAUGGGCUUUCACCUCCCAAAAUACUUUGAAUUUGACAAAAGCAGCUCACAGGCCUAAAUGGUUCUGGUGCUUUCCAAAACCAGAAAAUGCUUCACAUUCCCAGUACAAACAAAAUUAAACUUCCCAUUACAGUCUAAUAAUUGUCUGUACUAUAAAAAUAAUUCUUAGACACAGCCAUACUUAAGAAGCUUUUUAUUAAUGAGAGAUGAUGGUAUAUAAACAAGGAAAAAGAAAAAGAAUGCUGGUAUAAAUUCUUCAUGAUACAGAAAAAUUCCUAAAAAUAUAUAGAAUAUAGAAGCCUCUGCAAGCCAUAAGACAUCUUCCAAUAGGCAUAGUAUGUUUGUUUUUUAUGAAAAAAUGUUACUUAGAUGUAAAUGUCUUUUAAACAGCUGUUUUGCAGGAACCCUAAGGUGUCUGUUCUCACCUUGCUAUGUGCCCUAAAUCCCAUUCAUGUUAAAGAUGAGAAGGAGCAGCAGCUCAUUGUUCCCAGAGCAAUGCAAACAUGAUCUAUGGUACUAAUAUGGGAAUAAAUAAAAAGAGCCUUAAUUUCAGUUCCAUCAGAACCAUAGGUAAAAUCAUAUUUAUCCAUUGAGGAAACGACAAUUCAAGCAUGACAAUAGAUUUUAAUUUUUUAUCCUUAAAAGAAGUAUUACAGAAAUGGAAAGAAAAUAGUUAAGCGUUAUUGGAAAUGGGAGUUGCAGAAAUGUAUCAAAUGAUAAAUAGAUCACAACUUAUUCUAAAAUGUUUUGGGUUAUUGCUGUACAUUUUCACUGUCUACAUGAUAGGGAAUUUAAGAUUAGGGAAGGGAAGCAGCUGUCUCUUUAAAUACCUGAUCAUGCAGAUAAUACGUGCACAAAUCUUCCAUCCACUCAAGUGGGAGUUCUGCAUGCUUAAGGGGUUGCAGGUUCAGUCCCUAAUUUAUACUAUGGUAUUAGGCUGUUUUACCAAGAGUACACAGGGCUUGGCAUGUUUGAGAACUCUUUAGCUUUGUGUUCUUGUAGAGCAGGGGUUCUCAAACUGGGGGUCGCAAGGUUAUUACAUGGGGCGUCGCAAACUGUCAACCUCCACUCCAAACCCUGCUUUGCCUCCAGCAUUUAUGAUGGUGUUAAAUAUAUAAAAACUGUUUUUAAUUUAUAAGGGGGGUCACACUCAGAGGUUUGCUAUAUGAAAGGGGUCACCAGUAAAAAAAAGUUAGAGAGCCACUGUUGUGGAGUGUCUUAGAGAUGAUGUUUCCAUCUUAGUUACUGCAUGGCGAGGCAAUAAGAAAAAAAAUAAUUGGAGUUUUGUAAUUUGUGCAUCAUUACUCAGUGUAAAAUUUAAAGGUUGAUUUUUUUUUAAGGCUUUGCAUUCCUCAAAACUAUGUGCUUAAAGUAUGUAAAUGUUUGGUUUAAAUGAUUAUUUGCCUCCCUAGCAAGCUUUUUUCCAUAUUUAAAAUUGCAACAUUUGUUUCAAAAAGGAGUAUUAAUUAGAAAAGCAGUUUAAAGUGUAAAGUGCUUCAUAAAUAGUGACUUUAUCUUAGUGCAUUUCAGUAAGUGAUCCCUCUAUACCUGAUUAACCAACUAAUUAAAUAUGUGAUAAAGUAUAGUUGUAGUGGGUCAGAUCCUUGCCCCUGAUAAGGUCUGCUUUGUGGAACUCUGAGAGCAAAUCAUAGCCUUAAUAUGUCCUAAGCAGGCAGCUCAGAAUCCUAUGAUGGCAUAGAUCUGGGUAGCUUGCUCUAUGCCAUAGUCUCUAAGGGCUGGUCUACACUUAGUCCGGACUUCGGACUAAGGUACGCAAAUUCAGCUACGUUAAUAACGUAGCUGAAUUCGAAGUACCUUACUCCGGACUUACCGCGGUCCAGACGCGGCCGGAAGUCUCCCCCCGUCGACGCCGCGUACUCCUCUCGGCGAGCUGGAGUACCGGCGUCGAUUGUGAGCACUUCCGGGAUCGAUCCGGGAUCGAUUUAUCGCGUCUUAACCAGACGCGAUAAAUCGAUCCCAGAACAUCGAUGGCGUGCCUCCGGACCAGCCGGUAAGUGAAGACUAGGCCUAACACCAGAGAGAAGAAUGUGGUCAAAGCUUGCUGUGUGUCCCAUGUGCUGCUUAAAUUACAGCAAGGAGCCUGUUCAGCUCCCAGCCCAGGGCCAGUUUUACUACCAGCAUAAGUUAAAGUAGUCUCAGGCCUGCUCUAAUUUAGAGGCACUUGCAGUAACCCCCAAGGAGCUGUUCCAGCAGCUAUAGAUUACUGGAGCAUAACACAAACCUACCUUUGGCUCUCCUGCCUCCUCUUGACUCCUGGCUGGCCCUGAAAAUUGAGGUCAGUAUAUACAAAGACAGUAAAAAUAACACUAAAGUACAAAGAGAGAGAUUAAUCAACCUUACAAAAGUAAACAGAUUCAGAGCUGCGGCUAAACCUUAGCUCUUAUUGUAGUCCUUUGUGUCGUGCUAGUGGAGAAUAUACACUAUUUCAGAUUACAGAGCGUUCAGGGCUAGUGGCUGAGACUAUGCCGUACAUUAAGGCAAAAAGCAACAGAGGGUCCUGUGGCACCUUUAAGACUAACAGAAGUAUU